AUGGCCUCUACUGGUUUGCAAAUCUUGGGGAUCGUCCUGACCCUGCUUGGCUGGGUCAACGCCCUGGUGUCCUGUGCCCUGCCCAUGUGGAAGGUGACCGCCUUCAUCGGCAACAGCAUCGUCGUGGCCCAGAUGGUGUGGGAGGGGCUGUGGAUGUCCUGUGUGGUGCAGAGCACUGGCCAGAUGCAGUGCAAGGUGUAUGACUCACUGCUGGCGCUGCCCCAGGACCUGCAGGCUGCCAGAGCCCUCUGCGUUGUCACCCUCCUCAUUGUCCUGCUUGGCCUACUCGUGUACCUGGCCGGAGCCAAGUGCACUACCUGUGUGGAAGACAAGAACUCCAAGUCUCGUCUGGUGCUCAUCUCUGGCAUCAUCUUCGUCAUCUCUGGGGUCCUGACCCUCAUUCCUGUCUGCUGGACUGCCCACUCUAUCAUCCAGGACUUCUACAACCCCUUGGUGGCUGAUGCUCAAAAGCGGGAGCUGGGGGCCUCCCUCUACCUGGGCUGGGCAGCCGCGGGCCUUUUGCUGCUAGGUGGAGGGCUACUAUGCUGCGCCUGCUCUUCUGGAGGCCCCCAGGGACCUGGCCAUUACAUGGCCCGCUAUUCUACAUCUGUCCCACAUUCUCGGGGACCCUCCGAAUACCCCACCAAGAAUUAUGUCUGAUGCUUACUGGGGAGUGAGGCUCUACUAGCCAGGGAACCUGAGCUGAACCAUCAAGAAAGGUUAUGGAAUAGUCUGGGGUUGUCUUAUUUCUUGUUUUUCUUUUGCAAUACCGGGUAUUGAACCUGGGGCCCCACGCA